AUGAGGGGUUGGACUCAGGAUCCCUGAUACAGUCAGUCAGCCCAGUGGGAAAAGCUGCCUCCAGAGCAACCUCUCAAUCCACAGCUGGGAGUGUGGGAGACACAGGUGGGAGAGCAACCCCAGCAGAGACCCCCGACCAUGCUGUGCCCCACCUCACCUCACCUAGCCGUCCUGGCCCUGCUGUCUGUGGCUGGUGCUGUGGGUCCGGGGGAGCCAUGCCAGUCCGAGAUGAACCUGAUCAAGGACCGACUGCAGGUCAACUGCUCCGGGCAGGGGCUCAGUGUGGUGCCACUUGCCCUGCCCAAGAACACCGGCAUCCUGCUGCUCAGCACCAACCGCCUGGCAUCCAUCUCCACUGCCUCCUUCCAGCACUUCCCUGAGCUGGCUGAGCUGGACCUGUCAGGCAACGGGCUGGGUGCGCUGCACACAGGGCCCUCCUUGCCCUUGCUGCAGGAGCUGGUCCUGUCCCACAAUGCCCUGAGGGUGCUGCCCACCCUGCAGGGCCUGCCUGCCCUCACCCGCCUGGCUCUGGCUCACAACAACAUUUCAGGGCUGCUGCCAGGGGCGUUCCAGGCUGUGGGGCAGCUGAAGGAUCUGAAUCUACGGGGGAACCAGCUGCGGACGCUGCCAGAAGAGGUCUUUGAGGGCCUGCCUGGGUUGAAGGACCUGGAUCUGUCUGAUAAUGUCCUGGACGAACUGCCACGGGGGCUGUUGACUGGGCUGGAGCUGGAGACACUGAGUCUGUCAGGGAACCAGCUCCACACUCUGCCCAGCGGCUUCUUCCCUGAGGAGCACAUGUUCGCCUUCGUCUUCCUGGCAGGGAACCCUUGGCGCUGUGACUGUGGCCUGGCCUAUCUGCGGGGCUGGAUCGCGGACAAUGACAUCAGCGUCUACAUCCAGGAGCAGAGGUCAGACCGGCUGCAGAUCGAGAAUGAUCCCCGGAGCCCCGUGUGCGAUGCGCCCCUCAGACACCGAGGGAGCCCCGUCCUCGAGUUCAAGCAGGCCUGCGGCAAAGCAGGGGACGCAGACUUGGAUAUUGAUAGAACAAUGACAGAGGAGGGAACCCCUGUGCCCCCUACUACUGCCCCCUCCACCACCCUGCCCCCAACCACUCCUGUGCCCCCCACUACUGCCCCCUCCACCACCCUGCCCCCAACCACCCCUGUGCCCCCCACUACUGCUCCCUCCACCACCCUGCCCCCAACCACUCCUGUUCCCCCCACUACUGGCCCCUCCACCACCCUGCCCCCAACCACUCCCGUGCCCAUCACUACUGCCCCCUCCACCACCCUGCUCCCAACCAACCCUGUGCCCCCCACUACUGCCCCAGAACCUACAUCCCCAGCACCUCCAUGGCUCCCCAGCACCCCGAUGACUCCCACCACCACCACUCUUAUCCCCUCGCCUCUCUUCCAUACCAGCCCUCUCCACAUCACCCCCUGCCACCAGCCCCCCCCGACGGGGGCUUCCCACCUCUGCAUGUGCCCCUCCCCACCCGCAGCGAUGCCAGUGGCUGGGCGUCAGCAGGGCAGGGAGGGCCCACCGUGGGGCCACUGGGUGCUAGCCCAUUGCUGCCUGUUACACCUGAUGCUCUACCUGGCCUCCUUGCUGCUGCUACUGCCCAUGGUGGCUCUCAUGGGCUGGAUGGGCUGGGUAUAUCUGAGCUGGUAUCGCCCAGCUCUGAGGGGUCCCCCGGGGGCACGGCUGGUGCGGUACCAGCUGCUGAGAAAGGGGGAGCUGGCAGCACCCCCCAUGAUGCAUCUCAGCAGCUUCAAGAGUCCCACCGAGCCCCUGACCUUCCGCACAACCAGAGAGCUGCAGAUCCACCGUGACCCCCCUGUGCCCUCCUUCCGACGUGUUACCAGGAGGCUGCUCAGUGUGGGGGGGCUGGGCCCCUGGCGAGCUCCCUCCGCCUACAGCCUAGACAGGGGGGAAGCAGCUAUUGGGGCUGUCAGGGUGAAAUAUGCAACCACCACCCUUUAAGGGGAGCAGGACACCUGGGUUCUAUUGCUGGGGUUGGGGAGGAGGGUCCUGUGGGCUAGGGCAGAGGGUGCUGUUUGCCAGGACGCCUGGGUUCUAGUUCCAGUUCUGUUGCUGUGACCACACCCACUGUGCACCAGGAACAAGAUUCCUCCCACUGCUGCAGUAGCUGGGAGGCUCCCUUAAUAUAUGUAGAACCCAGGAGUCCUGACUUCCAGAUGCCCCUCCUGCCUCAGACCAAUGAGACCUUCUAACCCUGUAUCUCCCCCACGCACACACCUUUUGCAGAGGCCAGAUUUGGAAUAACUGUCCAGAAGGACAGUUUCCCCCUAAAACCAGGCACUUCAGGGCUGGCUUGUGCCCUGGCAGAGCCCUGUAGAUAUUUCCUCCACUCUGUAUUGAGUCUCUGGUUGUUCUUAUAAUACACAUAAAUGUUGAUCCUACUUUGAAUCCUGUGGCAGACCGUUCCACUGGCUAAUCACAAAAUAAAGACCUUCCCUGGAUGCAUUUCAACUAGGUCACAGUUCAGAAACACUGGGCCGCUAGUUGUCUUUGCUGGAAGUGAAUAAUGAUGAUCAGUUUAUCAACUAGAGCUGACAACCCCUAGAUGGGAAAGGCCCCAUAUCGUAUUCUCUGACCUGUCUGGGCCAGCCAAUUCCCUUGCCUUGUGUGUGGUUCAGAGACAGCAUCCUCUAGAGGGAAAAAAACUCAUACCCCAAUCCCCACCACUCUGAGCUAGCUAGAUCCCCUACCCUGGGGUCACAUCAACCAGUGCCCCUAAAGGAGAAAUGCCUCAUCUGCCACUCCCCUAAGCCAGCCAAUCUCCCACCCUGGGCCUGGAUUGGAGCUGGCAUCCCCUACAAGGGAAAGACCCCAUGUCCUACUCCCCUCAGCAUGCCAAUCCCCUGCCCUGAGGCUAGAUUGAAGGUG